CCGUCCGUCCCUCCCUUGCCGCAGCGCCCGGGGCCCGCCGUGCCGGUGCCGCCCGGGACGCCGUGAGGGCCAGGGCCGGGAGCAGCCACGGGCCCUGGGCGGUUGCGGAGAGGCCGCCCCAUUCUGUCCGCGGCUGCUCGGGCUGGUUCUCCCUUUGUUACUCACAUCAGACCCGGGAUGGCUUUUGCCAGUCUGAAAUAACGGUUUAUUGUUCUCGCAUGAUCACAAGCAAGCGAUAAUAGCGAGAUUUGCUCUCGAGCCGAUGAGAUGGUACCAAGCAAGACAGCGGUGUCUGAUGAUGCGUUUGCAUUCACCAGCCAGCGAUACAGGAAUGAAGCUAAAGCUUUACAAACACAGCUCCAGUUUAAUAGAAAUGUUCCUGCAGUUCCAGAGAACUUGGCUCUCAGAUUCUCUCACCCCCGUCCAAUUAUAAUAGAAAAACUGAAGGCAUCCAGUGAUAAGGGAAAUCUCGUUGGAAGUGAGGACCUCAGCCUGAGAAGCUCUGGGAUGUUCUCAGUGGUGUCUGAAGAGAGACUUAAAUUGGCUGUUCAGCUGGCAAAAAGGGACAUCAAACAAAGACGUCUCGAAGAACAAGUAAAACAGCAGGUAUUUGGAGAUGUCGUCUGCACACCGUUGUGGAUACAGAAAUCACAACCACAGAAGACUGAAGUAUUUGCAAGUCGAGAAAAUGAAAAUACCCCGAAGUCUGAGACUCAGUUGAUGUGUCAGCAGAGGCUUGCCCAGCCUUCCCAAGGAGAGUCUGCCAGCUCUGACACCAACGUUCAUCUCUGCCUCGUUAAGGAAGGAAAGCCAGUAGCAGCUGUUUUGACCUCUCCUCCCACCCGGCACACAGGACCGGACCACAAGCCAAAUUUAAAUAAAAAAGAACAUCAAAAUAUGCAAGAAGUUCGGCGUCUGCAAAAAGAAUUGAGGAACUAUGUCCAGAAAAUUGAAGAUUUUAUUAAAAAAGGGAGAGAUAGAGAACUUCUAGAUCCUGAAAACGAGCAGCGGCUUUGCACUAGGAGACAGCAACAAGCUGCACGGUCAGCUCGGAUGCUGUAUGUGCUCCAGCAGCAGGUAAAAGAAAUUCAGGACGAUUUAGAGAAACUGAGUCCUCAUACAAUCAAACAUACUAAAAAGUCUCGAGCAGUAUCCAGGUUGGCAGCAGCACAUAGAGGAGCUGUACGAACCUUGCAGGCAUUUGCCAAUCAGUUUACAGAUCAAACAGAUGAGCAGAUUCCUGCCCAUUACAAGGAACUGGGCAGUCUCAUUCGUCAACUGUCUCUCUGCUCCGCCAAACUGGAAGGGGAUUCUUCCAUUUCUGAAGCUAUCAUAGACAUUUUGCUGCAAGUUGAGGAUCUGAAUUCACUGCUAGAAAGCAAGCAAACACCAAAAACAGUGAAGAAAUGCAUUUCAGCUUCUCAGGCCAAAUCUCCAAGGAACACUGAGACAUAUCCAGACAGAAAGCACUUUCUGUCUCCAAAAGGAGAAAACAAACCUCUCACCUUAAAGAGACAGCAUGAACAAGAGUCUAAAAAACCUCCAUGUGCCAGGAGUCUUUUGACUGCAGUUCAACAGGCAAACAGUUGUGCUCGUAUAUUACACAAUAAAUACCAAGAAGAAAGUGGCCGACCUACUUCAGAGAGAAGUGCCACUUUGCAAGGAAGCACAGAUGUACUGGUGAGAGCUAGAGCUGUAAAAAAAGAGUCUGUCCUUGAAAGUGCUGCUUUGAAGAAGAAAGGUGUGUUAUUGCCUGCAAAACCACAGGGAAUGCUGAAAUCUUUAAAAUCAAGACGGGCACACCCUCCAGGAAAGCCUGCCCGAUUUCAAGAGCCAACUAUAGCUUUCCAGCUAAAAGAGAACAAACGACCUGUUAAGGAGAGCAGAAUGCCUCGCGUGCCUUCAAAGCCUGCACCUCGGUCUGUUUCACCGGAGCGACUAGCAAGGCUUGAAGCAAAAAAUUCAAGAGGAGUGAAGGUUCUAACUGACCUUUGCAGAGGAGAAAUGGAAAAAAUACAGAAGUUAAGGUCACAAACUGUUUCUCCAGACCGGUGUGCAGACAAAGCUGAGAAGGAGAGACAGGAGUGGUCAGAGCCUCCAUUUGACAGGACACAGGUGGUACAGCAGGUUGCAACAAAUGCAGAUAUUCUGAGUGAAAAGCUAUUGGAUGAUCUUUUGGAAGAUACUGCUCAGGAACUGUGGAGCAUGGAUCAGCAUGAGAGACUGCAGGCUGAGGCCCUACCUCUGGCUGACACUUACAGCCUGGAGUCAAUGUUGCAAAGAAUGGAAGAAAUUGAAAUGUACCAGGAGGCUGUCCGCAGGAGAGUCACCCAGAUUGUCUACAGUGACUCCCACUUGUGGGCCCAGCAAGACAACAUGGAAGAACUACAAAUGGCGUCAACAGCUAAAAAACUUGCACCUCCUCAUCCAGUUCAGAUGACCAAAUUAAUCAGCCAUGGAGAGCUGGAAACAGACAUUUUAUUUGAGAAACCUUUUGACAGCACUGAUAUUGAUGAAAAUAAAGAAGCAGAGGAGAAAUUGCAGACUGGAAAUGAUAUUCUGCAGCCCUUGCUUCUGAAUUCUCUACAGAACGCAUAUUCUGUGUCUCUGUCUGUGCCAAGCAAUGUGCUCCAGAGCAUCUUGGAUUAUAACAGCAGAUACAAGCAUCAUUUAAAGCUUAUUUCUCAUGAGGCUGUGGGCAGUUUCGAUCCAUGGCAGAUUGCUGAGAGGUAUAUGAACUGUCUUUGUGGUUUGGAAGUGAAAGACUGGAAUUUGAAAGCUGACUUUCUGAACCUUCUCUUUUUUUUUGCCCUCUCUCUCUGUCAGUCUUGCAGAGCAACUGACAGAAGAAGCCCUGUGUGACGUGGCAGCAGAGCUGCAGGAUGUUUGUGAGGACUAUGCAGAAGCUGUAUUCACAUCAGAGUUUUUGCAGCCAGUGCAGUGAAUUCUUUCCCACCUGUCCCAUCAACAUCAGCCUCAGCCUGUGAGAUUUUCUGCACUGGAUCUCCAUCAAAGAUUAAUCUUAGUUUUUUUAUAAAGCCAUUAUAAUAAUGUUUUCCUUUUCAGAAAGGACUUCCUUACUUUUCCUUUUAUUGGCUAAUCACCUUAGCACACGCUACACUGGAGCGAGUUCUUUUGGAGAUGUAGCAAUCCAGUGAAGGAUUCUCAUGGCAGAGCACAAAUACGCAAGCACUUGUCACUGGCUGUACUUGCAGGCUGGCUUGGGCUCUUGCCAUCAGCUUCAGAACAGAGUUCCUGAGUACCUCUAGUACCUAAUGCACAGGCAAAAGGAGACCUUCCAAUAGAAGCACGUGAUAGAGAUCUUUCUUUUUCUUAAAGUAGUCUAAAUGUUACAUUUUUAUCAGCAUUUAGUGAGUGAUUCAACCCCACAUUCUUUUCUCUUAAGAAUCCCAUUGAAAUCAAGAACAACAAAAUAAAUGAGCAACUGGCGUUUCUGCAACAUUAAAUUAACUUGUUUCAAGUAAUCAAGGUACUAGUUUGGAUUAUGUCUGGAGUCAGAGCAGUGACUAAUAAUUACUUGAGGUAACCCAAAUAACAUAUGACUGUUUCCUGUGUCAAUUUUUUUCUCCAAUAUUGUUCAGUCUAUAACACAUUCAAUUUUAAUCUUCUAAGAUUAUUUUUAUUUCCUCCAAUUAGAACAUAUAUUUUAAAAGUAAUUUAGUUUCUCUUGAAGCCUUGUUUACUAUUUCAAUUGUCUUCAAAUUUACAUCAAAUGUAAAUGUUACUGCUGAAGUGGAACUUUGCUGAUAUGUGAUUUCUGUAAUUUAAACCAGCUGAUUUCUAAAAUUGUAAGUCAAAAACACUAAAGCAAUAGUGUCUCUAUGUAUAUAUAUGUGUGAAAGUAUUUUGAAUAUGUUUUAUUUUUUAAUAAACAGUUGUUUAUUAUCACUGAA